AUGGUUGGGAAAGACAAGGUUAUUGAGAAGACAUUGGUUGAGCCGCCGCGAUCAAUGGUGACUGAAUCUAAACAUUGGCUGAGAAUGCCAAGGCUAUUAAGGAGACAUUGGUUGGUGCAUCUAGACAACCGCCUAAGAGAGGGUGUGAUAUUCAGGGUUCUAGUAGAGACUAUUUCGUUAUUUUCUUUGGUUGAUUCUGGUUUUACACAUUCGUACAUCUUGAGUGAUUUGGCUAGUGAGUUGGGGAUUCCAGUAGAGGUUAUUAGUUUGGGUAUGACUGUCACUAGUUCCUUCAGUGAAAGCAUUGUGGUGAAUCAGAUGGAGAUCGUAGUUGUCAGGGAGAGACCUGAAUUUCUAUCUAAUGUGGUUUCGAUGACCAAGACUGAGAAAAUAAUGGGUAAAGGUUGUGAAGCUUAUCUGUCUUAUGGGCUAAAUUCGAGCAACAAAGAACUGAGAGUUCAGGAUAUUUGUACCGUAAGAGAUUUUCCUGACAUGCUACUAAAGGAGUUGUCUAGUUUGCUACCAGGUCGUGAAGUAUUGUUCGGCAUUAAGCUCUUCCCUAGUACUGUACCAGUGUCUAUUGCAUCCUAUCACAUGGUAACAAAAGAUCUUAAGGAGUUGAAGAUACAGUUGCAAGAAUUGCUUGACCGAGGUUUCAUUCGACCAAGUGCAUCUACGUGGAGUGCGCUGGUUUUGUAA